GUUCGCGAGUUUAAGUUUUUGUCUUUUGAUAUUUAAAAUAUUAAUUAGUGAGUGAAUAAAUUUAGUUGGAUAAUUAAGUGAGUUAAUAGUUCAGUGAGUGAUUAGUGAAGUGAAAGUGUGAUUUGUGUAGAAGAGUAACGGAAUAAUGAUGGUCAUGAUUACAGCAAAUGGUGAUUUGCAUGUCUGAUAAUUUGGCUGGAUGAUUUGAUGUGAGAAGAAAAUAAACAAGGAAGGAAAGGAAAAAUAAAGAGAAAGUUAAAAUAUCACGUAAUACACGGAAGUAAUGCUUAUGAGGAUCCUGAUGUUCGGAAGGUCACAUUUAGGAAAGCCAGACGUGAGUCAAAAUCGUAAGAGGGAAAAUCACCAAAGUACGACAUUAGGGCACUGUCGUUAGGUCACAGGAAACUAGAAGAUAAAAAGUUAAAAAAAGAGGAGCCAGAAGAAGGAAAAAAAAUAGUAAGCUGUCUGAGAGGAUAAAUUGUUAAAGCAGUGAGGUAGCCCGCCGGCAUUUAUGACCGUCUUCGGGCAUCAACAGGACGUCAGAGCGUCGUCCUGGUGGCCGCUUAUUAUUGACACGUCUUGAGAUUUUUUUCUUUGAACCGCCAACUGGCAUUUAACUCACCUCAAACGACAAGAAAAUUUAAUAUUUCUGGCUUUACUCUAAAUUUAAUUGUCUGUCGACAGUUUAGAAAAAUAAGUGGGACUUUAUUUCAAAAUUCAAAAUGUUGCCGACAAACGUUAUGUCCUUCAUGAAAAAGAUGGUGACAGCGCAGCCAGAAACGACUGCUGAAUCAGUAACACCCGAAGAUACAGGAACGACUUUUAGCAAAUUGCGGCAGCUGAUGACCGUAACGGGCAAUGUUGCCAAAGGUUCGCCGGCUAAAGUUACUCCCGUCGAGGACCUGGUGCCGAAAGAAGAGGCACCCGUCAUCGAGCCAAUAAAACCAAAACCAGAACCAGGAAGACCAGCGAGUAGAGCUGGAUCUUGCAGAGUCUGCCUCAAGGCCUUCAAACCCGAUGAUUUCUCACGUACCUGUUAUGAAUGUCAGUUCAAGGUUUGCGAUGAUUGCGCCUCUUAUUCUGAAACAAAAGACUAUGAUGAUCCGUCAACGUGGCGGUGUAGUGUUUGUCGGCGUAAAAUAGCGUCACGUGGACAACCAAUUGUAACACAAGAAUCAACAGACUCAUUACUUGAAGUACCAGUCCUCGAAGCAUUACAAAGACGCCACAGCGAUGCACGGCUUAGUUGUCAAAGCGGUGGUCCAACGUCGAAUCUCGGCAGUGGUCUCGCUCCACCCAGAAGUCCUGAGCUCAGACGACACUCGGAUGUAUCUCCAGCAAGUCUCAAAGAACUCGAAAAGUUUCGAAAGGUUGCAGGAGAACGCCGCGAGGAGCUCAGAUGGGAGAGAGAACUAGAAUGGAGAAGUAAAUCACGCAGUGGUUCCCCUGAUCGGCAUUCAAAUGACCGCGGCAGACCGACCAGUCCAUCGAGAACCGCCAAAACUCCAUCUAUUGAACAAGAGGGAGAUAUUGGUGAAGAUGAAGACGAACGACGAAGACGAGCGGCACGUAGAAGUGGAGGUACAAUAAGACGGAAAUCCCGAGUAACACGACAGCACUCGUACGAUGAUGAAAUUAAACCAGGUGGAACUCUUGGUAGUGGUGGUGCGGGUGGCGGGGGUGGAGGGGGAGGAGGAGGUGGUCAAACGAGUCAUAAUGAACCCGGGCUUGGGCUUCCGGUCCAGUUGCCACGUAGAGCAUCGGCUUACGAUGUGUAUGCGACACCCGGAAGCGGAGGCCUCAACGCCAUGGCAAUCGCCGCCGCUCAGCAACGAGCCUCAAUUUCUGCACAGGGUGCUCGAGAACCGGAAGAGAGGCCGUUAGGCAGAAGACAGUCUUUCCGUGUCGUAAAACCAGUGAUGCCCUAUGAGAUGAGCAAUGACGAUGAGAAAAUAAUAAAUUUAGACAGCACCAGUGCACCGGACUCCCAAGUUCUUCAACCGGAUGAACAGUCGAGACCAAUGAGACGAAGGGCCUCUAUGCUACCCGACAUAAACAUGAUAAGAUCAUUGCCAUCAGUACCAGGGUCAGUGAAAGGAACGCCAGCCUCAGUAGCUCGAGUAGCAGCCCAGGAUGAUCGGGAAUUACCUCGUCAGGGCAGUUUGGCUGAUGGUGAAGGGAUCAAAAUCGUAAUUCAUGACGUCGACAGUGAUCUCGCUCCGAGGAUGAAUACAAAACGUCGGAUUGUUCUCAGAAGGGAUCCGCUGCUCAUGGACAAAGGACACAGAUCCCGAGGAUUCGGUAUGCGCGUGGUCGGAGGUAAAAAUGGUACUGACGGGCGUCUGUAUGCGUCAAUAGUAUGGACGGUACCUGGGGGACCGGCAGACAAGGCAGGCCUUCAGAAAGGUGAUAAGGUACUAGAGUGGUCAGGAGUAUCUCUCAUCGAUCGUAACUUUGAGGAUGUGGCACAAAUAAUUGAACGCUGUAGUGAUGUUGCUGAACUUGUUGUUGAACAUGUAGGAGAUAUGGGCAUUGAUUCGCUGGACGAACCGGGUAUGCCGCCGCCAUCAUCUAAAACAUCAGGAAACUUAGGUCUUCAGUUAGACUCGGAAACGGAUAAAUCGCCUUCGUCACCGACCCGCAGGAAACUGCCAAAGACGCCGGAACAACUUGCUAAAGAGAGACAAGUGAGCGGACGUGUACAGAUUCACGUGUGGUACGAAGCCGAUAGGAAAGAGCUGGUGGUGUCAGUUUUGGCAGCUGACGAGCUCUGUGUCCGAGACGAUGGUUCGCCACCGGAAGCCUUUGCCAAGCUGGUGCUGAUGCCAACCUGUGGUGAUCAAAGUUCUCUACAAACAGAUGUGACUGGUCCAACGCAAAAUCCAAUUUGGAACGCAAAUCUGACGUUUACUGGCAUCGCUGGUGAGAAGCUAAUGGACAAAACGAUCGAUGUAACCCUCUGGGAUUGUCAUCCUGAUGGUGAUAAUAUUUUCCUCGGGGAAUGUUCUAUAGACUUGCAGAAUGCGUUUGAGACUGAUCGAGAAUCCUGGUAUCGAUUGGAAGACCCGAGGGGGAUCCGUUCAGGAAAAUCGCCUUACGCUUCACCGCGUGGCUCACUGUCGAUGGAGAUAGCGCAAAGGCUGCUCAGACGAGAGUUGAGGGAACGUAGUUACAGCGAAGACACUCAAAGCGAUAGCGGAAGUCCGGAACCGUAUUUCCUUCAUCCAGAUCACGCUUGGCAGGCAAACUCACGCCGCGGUUCGUCCCAAUCUGAACAAUUAGAAGUUGAACCUUAUGAACUUAGUAAGGAUUACAGCAGAUCGCUUCCCGGAAGCAGACGGAGCAGCUUUCAAAGUCAAGGCGGCACUGACAGCAAACGCGGCAGCAUAGUGGAUACAGAAAUGCCAAGUGUUUAUUACAACCGUGAUCGCCGACGCAGUUCCGUGGCAAGGUCAGUCCGCGAUCCAGAAGAAGUGUUGAGAUCGUUGAAAAAAGCUGCAGCCAAGGGCGAGCUCGGGAGAACAAUGAGCCUAUCGAGUGACAAAAGACGCGGAAGCCGGCGAGAUGAGCGCAAAGACAGCAUGGGAGGACGUGGCGAAAAACGUGACAGCAUAGGACAAACAAUGAUGGCAUUUUCCGAGCGAUUUUAUGACAGAAACAGUGAGUCUGAUGAAGACGAUAAGUGGAGUCAACUCCGAGAUGAAAAUGGUGUGGAUGUAAAAUUGGGUCCAGGACAAGUUGCACCUCGAGGAUUUAAACUUAUUGGAGGUAUACACAGCGGCGAAGUUAAGUUGGCCUUGUUCCUCAGCAAAGGCACACUCGAGGUCGAGGUGAUCUGCGCGCGAGAUAUUUGCCCAGGAGAGAAAGAAGAACCGGACACAUAUGUUAAGACGUAUCUCCGCGACGGCGAACGUUGGAUACACAAGCGAAAAACCCGAGUAAUUCGUCACUCCCGAAAUCCGCAGUAUCGACAAACCCUGAAGUACGGAAGCUGCGACGCGCUGGGACGUAAUCUCCUGGUAAUGUUGUGGGAAAAAAAACAAGGUUUCGAGAGUAAUCAAGGACUCGGUGGCGCAGAAGUUGACCUCGAGCUAUUGCCAUUGACGACACUCACCGUCGGCUGGUACCCGAUUUUCCCCAUCCACACUCUCGGGACUCAGAACGACAACUCUCCAUGAUGGUUAAGGGAAAAAUGGGCUCUCGAAGCCGGCGAACUCGAUCUCCGACUUAGUCUACUAGUCAAGGAAGAGACCGAGUCCGUCGUUAAGAUUAUAUCUUGAUAGAAUGUGACUCAAUUUUUUAUUUUUUAAUUCGUUUCAUUGACUUCUAAUCGACUAAUGACAAUCAAUACCCAAUUCAUUUUUUAAAUAAUUACAAUUAUUUAUAAAUUAUUAAAAAAAUUUAAAUGCACACCUCAGAC